AUGCUUACCUGCUUGUGGGGAGGGCAGCACUACACGGCCCACGUCUUGCCGCCUGGCAGCUGCUCCGAUGGCGCGCCUGGAGGCUGGGCUGGCGGGACUGGCGGGCCAGGAGAAGGCCGCCACAAGAUCAAGGCUGCCCUCUUCCGCCACACUUGGGACCGACCACUUGCGUUCCACUUUGCUGGCGAGAGCGGAGUGGGUAAGACCUCGACCGCGCAGCUGCUCGCACGAGCCCUUUACGCAGACGAAGACCUUAACGACGAUGGCAGACCGCCUCCAGGCCUGCUCGUGCUCGAUGGUGAGUACUUUGAUUCCAAAGCUUCAGACAAAAUCGAGGAGCUGGAGCUCGUGGACCCGCGCACGCUGGCCAUCUUGGAGCCCUUCUUGGACAAGCGUCAAUCCGCCAAUGCCGGACAAGCCAUCUUCAUCUUCAUCUCCAAUGCUGCCGCCUUGGACUCGGCGCUCACUGACCAAGAAGCUGAAUCUGCGAUGCGGGCGAGCCUGGCGAAAGCGUGGGGCGGCCGGAAGAAGAUUGGGAGUCUCGUACAGAACAUGGUGCCCUUCCAGCGUUUGGAUGAGGUGGCUCUGCGCGAGGUCAUGCGCGCGCGACUUGAAGGAUUGGUCGACGUCUACGGCCAGCGCGAGGGCCUUCGGCGCGUGUGCUACUCGCAUCGGGUGCUCGCAGCGCUGGUGGCCGAGGUGCUUCGCCUCCAUCCGCGGACCAACGCGCGCGGUGUGGACCUCGUGUUCAACCCAAAGGUGGUCGAGCCCCUUCUCACACACCUCCAGAAGCUGCGCGAACGUGCACAACUCGACGAGACGCAGAGGAAAGACAUGCUAAGGACAACCGAAGACGAAGACGAAGCCAAACACGAGACCGAGGAGGAAGGUGGCGGCGGUGGUGGCACCAAGAGCAGACUCGAGAGCAUGUGGUGGCAGGCGGCGCGGCCAUUAGGGUCUCUCUCUGCACGCAUCUCGCGAUCAUCAUCGAGGGCGACAUCAUUUCUCUCGCGGAUGCUGUUUGACGCCCACAAGGGCGAGUGGCGCGGCGAGUUCGAGGCGAGCCUCUACUUCCACAAGGGCAACAGCAUCGUCAGGGAGGAGCUGGUCGUGCUAGAGCUAAAGGAGCUCACCACAGGCAGCUCUGUGCGAGUUGAUGCCAGCCAGCUCACUUUAGACACAGCAGGAAGGGAUGAGUUGUAA